AUGCCACAACUAAAGAAACCCCGUCUUCCAAAAGAACGCCGGCCCAAGCGAUUAUCACAGAAAUUUCUUUUUUUUAAGAGCCUACCGACAGAACUGAGACUCGCUAUAUGGGAGACCGCCAUCUUAGAUCAUAAUGAAGACCGUUUUCUCCCUGUAUCCGAAGACACCAAAAGAAUCAUACCUACCUGGUAUCUCGCAUGCUCGCCACACUUCUACGUCUCACAUGAGAGCCGUGAAGUGGCAAAGCGCCUCUACCCUAUCCGGCUUCGUAUUUCUGCACCUAUAACAUCACUAACCACCGACAUUUAUGGUGAUUAUGACGAUGAUGAUGAUGAUGAUAAAAGGGAAAAAAGAAAAAAAGACAUCGAUAUUGAUGAUUCUCGGCCAUGGGCUAUCUAUAUCAGCCUCAAGCAUGACAUUUUCGUGCUUGUCUCUAACAAGCUAUCUUAUAAAGACUUAGUCGUUCUUCACAACAGCCAGCGUCUGGCAGUUACGCGACGAAGAUCAGAAAGUCUAACUACUUUGCAGACCCAGUGUGUGAGACAACUUAUGCUGUUGAACAUUAUUAAUAAGUCACAGCUAAAAAACGAAUGCGCUCAUUUAGGUCACUGCAUAGUCACGAGUGCUGAUUCAGGCUACAAUGGUGAAUAUAACAGAGAUAUGUUCUCCGGUGUGGAAAGAUGCCUUGCGCUAUAUCUUGAUCCGUACCAAGCACACAUAGCAUACGUCAGCCUACUUGACCUGCAGAAAGGCAUCUUUGGCCGAAAUUAUGACCACCAUGACGAUAAAGUCCUACUUCGUAACGAACCCAUCAGCAAAUUCUGGGAGAUGGGCAAGUUUUUGGAUUUUCCAUGCCGUCGAUGA